GGCUUUUAUUUUGAAGGUCACGUGCUCCAGAUAAACAAAGCAACAAUCAGCCGAUCGCUGAAAGCUUACUUAUGCUUUCGGUUUCUCUGUUUCAGUCUCCAAUAUUAAAACGAGCCGUGGACAUCAUCUUCACAGUUGCUGAAGAUUGAGCGGGUCAUAGCCAGACAAAAGAAUCGCGGACAUGGCCCCGACACUGUAUGAUGAGAAACUAGAGCUUGGGGACUUGAUCGAGAUCUCCAGAGGCGCCUAUCAUCACUGGGCCGUGUAUGUAGGCGAAGGCUUUAUAGUCCAUUUGGCAACACCAUCAGAGAUCCCGGGGGCGACUGCCAACAGCUUGAUGUCCGUUGUAGCUGACAAGGCCGUUGUGUUGAAAGAGGAGCUGUGGUCAGUGGUGGGAGACAGCGAGUGGAAAAUCAACAAUGCCCUGGACAAGGAGUACGAGCCCCGCCCGGCUGAGGUCAUUGUGAGGGAGGCCUGUGCGAUGGUGGACGCCGUGCUGCCGUACUGCGUCUUCAGUCAGAACUGUGAGCACGUGGCAAACGAGCUGCGCUACGGAAAGGCCGAGUCCCGGCAGGUGCGUAAGGCGGGUCAAGCGGUCUUGUUGGCCGGUGCGGCGACAGCGAUGCUUCUGGGUGUCGCGUAUCUGUUCAGCGGCAGCAAAAAAGAAAACAAGAACAACCAGUGAUUGAAGUCUCCUGUUCAGCGACUUGAUGAGCGGAUCACCGUCAAAGCCUAACUUUUACUCACUAAGAACACGAUCAGAAAGCCUUCUUUGGUUAGAUCGACAGUACAAAGCUGGUUGGUUGAAGAUCAAAGCUCUGUAUUAAUCCGACAUCUUAACAUUUGCACAAAAUGCACAUAUGAGCACAACGAACCCAUUUGGAUUAAUAAAGCUGCCAAGAAGAAAUAUGGUCAAAUGUUAUAAUUUGAACUGAAUAUUUUGACCAAACCAACGAUAGUUUGCUUGUGAAGAAAUAUUGUAACCUACUUGAGUUAAACCUAUUGACACUACUAUUUUACGUAUUUAAAUGAAUAUAAUGUACUGAUAUUGUGGCGUUAAUAAAGGAAAGCUGUGUAACUCAUUUUAGUUUAAUGUUUGGUGUAAAAUUACAGAAUGGCAAAAUACGCCUUGAUAAAGCUUUGAAAUCACA